CCUGUCUGUGGACUGCAGUCCGCUCCAGCCCGGCUGAGACGCCCCGCUGCAACCCUUCAGCCCGUCCGCUUCGGUUCUGCUCGCAGCCAUGGGCGCCAGAGCAGCAGCUGCCGCCGUCACGGCGAUGCUGGUGAUGAUGGUCCACGCCGACGUGAAGCCACAGAGAGAUUUCAACCUGCAGAGGUUCGCAGGGAAAUGGUACCGCGUGGGCAUCGCCUACGACUCCCCGCGCUUCGCCCCCUUCAGGGACCAUGUGAAGAUCUCCAUGGGAACCGUGGCAGCGCUGGCCAACGGCAACGCUAACCUCACGAUGUGGGACGCCACACCCAUAGGUUGCCUGAAGAAGCUGUACCAGUACGAGAAGACCAACAUAUCUGGACAGUUCACCUACUUCAGCACCACCCAUAACAUGGUGAAGGACAUCACGGUGGUGGAGACCAACUACACCGACUACGCCGUGGUCCUCAAACACAAGGUGUUCAACAGGGAGUACACGCAGGUGGCGCUCUACGGCCGCACUCAGAAGCUGAGGAAUGACGUGGUCCAGAAGUUCAAGGCCUUUGCUCUGUCCUGGGGCCUGUCCAGAGAGUCCAUUCUGACCCCUCCUCCAGCAGAGAACUGCCCGCCAGCAGCAUCCGCAUCCGCAUCCGCAUCCAGCCAAUAGGUGGGAACGCUCCAGCACUGACUGAGCCGAGCUUCAGACUCGGACAGAGCGUGUAAUAAAACCCUGUGAACUGGUUUCCCUCCCGUUUCCCAGAUGCUCCCGUGACCGUGACUUUUACUUACUAGGAAGAAGCCUGAAGAGUCGCCGUCGUCAUCGAUCCGGCUGCAAAUACAACAAAUAGGAAGUAAAACGUGUGAACCGUGCUGUUCGUAUGUAGUGGUUUAGUAUAUUUUCAUACUCAUGGCCUCAUGACAAAACUAAAUAAUAAAAAUAAUGUUUCUGGA